CAGAAAAAUGAUAAAUUAAUUCUAUAUAACUCUGAAUAAUAAAUCUAAUUUUAUUUCUUAUAAGCAUGAGUAGCCAAAAAAAUUCAAUAAUCAUUUUACACGUGAAUUUUUGCUGAAAUUUGGGACAAAUUAUCUCAAAAUUUCUUCUAUAUGUUGGUGCCCUCAAGGAGCUUGAACCCUAGAUCCACCUCUGAUAGGUCAAAAAGUAAAAUGUUGUCAAGAUGGAGCAGAUCAAUGGUGACUGCAGGUGGAUUACAAACAAAGAUUUUAGGUUUUAUUAAUGAUGAAAAUGUUUUGUUACAUCAAAAUUAUGCCAAAGUUGUUGCCUUUUCAACGACUUCUUCAUCCUUUGAUUAUGUUGAUAAGAGUUUUGAUAGCAGUAGUAUUGCCACGGUGAGAGAUUUUUAUGCUUAUAUAAGUUCAACAAACGUGAAACGAGUCUGUAAUUAUUUUUUGAGCAAUAUGAAUGAAUUUGUUGUGUGUUGAUAUAAUAUUAUAAACUAUUGGAAUUCUUGGCAUAGGAAUCAAAUCGA